AUGGCAAAGUUUGCUUCUAUCAUCAUCCUCCUCUUCGUUGCUCUUGUUUUCUUCGCUGCUUUUGAUACAGCAGCACCGACGGUGAAGGAAGGGCAACAACCAAAGUUCUGCAAGAAGCAGAGUAAGGAUUGGUCAGGUUUAUGUUUAAAGAGUAGUUCGUGUAAGAAACAGUGCAUCCGAGAGAAUGCAGUUCAUGGUUCUUGCAAUUAUAUCUUUCCAGCUCACAAGUGUAUCUGCUACUACCCAUGUUAA